AUGCCGCAGCCACCGACGCCGGCGCAGCCGCAGCCACCACCACCGCCACGCAUGCCGACACCGCCGCCAGCACCACCGACGCCGCCGCCACCACGCACGCCGACACCGCCACCCCAGGAUGAGGAGGGGCCCCGGUGCGAGCGGCAGCAGUCCAGGAAGUGGACCAGGCGCACGUCGCGCAGACGCUGCGCACAAUCGGCCUGGGCGGCCGCCGGUGGCACCAGCAGACGCAGCCAACAGGCACGCGGGCCGGCAAUCGGACGCGAGGCUGCCGCAGGCGCGGAGACGAAGAAGGAGGCCGCCAGGGCGCUUGAGGGUCAGGGGCAGCCGUCCGGAGCAUGUAGGGGCGUUCAUCAGGGAUCCCUGCGGAAGGGCCGCCAGGGUGCCCGUAUCCAGGGCCGGCAACCCUUUAGCAUCAAGGGGCAUCAUGUCAUAUUCGAGGAGCUGAAACGAAGAGAGGAUGACAAUCGGCACGACAUCGGAAUAUCGGAACAGGAAGUGGCAACGCCGGUCGCCAAUAUCGAUAGCUCGAUCGCGCAAUCAGCGAUGAGACAACAUCGAUUGGAAUCGGAAGUGACAACGCCGGUCGCCAACAUCGAUAACUCGAUCAUGGUUAUCCGUCGGCAAGGGCGACAAGUGCCUGGCAUACGCAGGAAGGGACGGUGGAGUCAGUGGUCGGCAAAGGUGGUUCGGAGAGGAGCACUAGUUUGUCUCUCGGACGACACACCCUGUCGCCAUAACAUCCUAAGCCCCAGGCGAGCCGGUGCGGAUUCCCCAUCGGAAGCGACGCAGGCAUACGAAGGAAGGACGACGAAGGAGCAACGACGCGCAUCCGACGGCGAGGGUCACCGAAUUCUGUUCAGCAAGUGA